CCUAAGCGCGGCACCAUGGAGCGCGGCCGGCGCGCUGCCCCGCGGAGGGGCGGCCGGCGCGGGGCUCGCAGCCUCGACACCUUCGCGGCGGAGGCGGAGACCGCGCUGAGAGCUUGCCUGGAGGGCGAGGGCGCCGCCCCGGAGGCGAAGUUCCCGUGCCCUCUUGCCAUGUGGGAGCUCGGACACUGCGAUCCCAAGAAAUGCACCGGGAGGAAACUGGCCCGAAAAGGGUUGCUCCGAACCCUGCGCCUCCGCCAGAGAUUCCCGGGCCUCGUCCUCAGUCCUCUGGCUACCGAGUACAUCUCUCCAGCUGACAGGCAUGUGAUUGCUCAGAGUGGAAUGGCAGUCAUAGAUUGCUCAUGGGCCAAAUUAGAAGAAACUCCCUUUAAGAGAAUGAGAGGAGGUCAUCUACGGCUGCUGCCUUACUUGGUGGCUGCAAAUCCUGUAAACUAUGGUCGGCCAUGCAAGCUGUCCUGCGUGGAAGCUUUUGCUGCAGCUUUUUGCAUUGUCGGAUUCCCAGACCUAGCCACCAUUCUUCUAAGGAAAUUUAAAUGGGGUAAGGCAUUUAUUGACUUGAACAAAAAUCUCUUGGAAAAGUAUGCAGCCUGUCAUUGCCAGGAAGAAGUGCUGAGAGUUGAAAAGGACUUUUUAGCUAGUGUCCAAGAAACAAAAGAUGAAGAAAUAGAUCCAUUUGAUGUUGAAUCAGGAGAAGAAUUUUCUAAUCCCAACAGACCAAUCAAUUCCCCAGGACAAGCACGAAGUAAUGAAGAAUCUGAGGAAGACAGUGUGAGCACUCCAGAUGAUGCCACUGAAAGCAGUGAUGAAAGCAGUCCAGAAGAUCAUGGUACUGUAAAGUUGCUGCAACAACAGCCAAUAAAUCAACUAUUUGAAAAGUAAAAAAAAAAAAUCAAAACAAAAAAACAAACCACAACAAAAC